AGAAUUUAAAUAGGUCUCACAGCCAAACAGUAGGCCAGCAUUACCAGGCCAAGGCUAAACCCAUCACAGAUGCCUGGAGGAUUUAUCAUGGAGAGGCCAAAAAUGAGCAAGGCCACAUGGGAGGCUCUGAAAGCUCACAUUCUACUAGAGAGGAGAAAGAAGAAGGAAGAGCAAGAGGCUGAUGCAGCUGAAGAACGAGAGAGGAAAGAGAGAGAACGGCGAAGAAAAGAAUCACAGAUGACUUUGGGUGAAACACGCGAAGAAUUGGAGCGACUGGAACAACGUAAAAUGGCUUUGAAUGAAGAAAAGCAUGAGCUAUUCUUGCAGCUGAAGAAAGUUCUCAAUCAAGAGGAAACCCAAAGAAGACAGCAGAUAUUGAAGGAGCAGCAAGUUAGGCAGGCAGAAACUGACAUUCUAAGGAUUGGUGGUGCAUCUUAUCCACCACCAGGAACCAUUCAACUUGGAGGUCAUCCUCCUCCAAUGUUCAUGCAGCCACUAAGUUUGACCCGUCCACCACUCUACAAAAUGGAACCCCGACCAUCUGUGGUUGCUCCUGUAUGUUUCCCCAAGGAUUGGUUUGCUAUUUUGGAGACUCUCCUUGCCUACAAAGCUACCCCCAAAAAAUUUACCUAUUAA